CGCCUGCAGCUGGGUAGCAGCGCGCGGCGCGGCGCGGCGCGGCGGUGGCGGGCAGCGCGCGGCACUGCUGGCCCGGGGGCCGGACUGCUGAACCCACACCGCUUCACCACCGGACUCGGACUGGGAGGGGGCGCCAGCGCACCCAGGACGCGGUGCCCCAAGGGACCCCACUCCAAGCUGCAAACUCAAGCCCCCCGCCUCCCCGGGCCAAACACACCCCCGCGCCCGUUCGCAGCUGCCACCCCGGGUGUUCCAUAGGCUCCGGCAAAGAUCUGCGCCUCCCGGGUCUCCCUAACCCGCCAGCCCGACUGCGCCGCAUCGCCAGACUUUGUUGGCCCAUCAGACUCCGCCCGGCAGUCGGCCUCAUCAAACUUCAUUUCUCAUCUCCUCAGCCCCAUCACCUCCAUCCUCUUUUCCCCCGGCUCGCCUCCACCCCCCCAAUUUCCUCCUUGCCCCUCAUUUCCACCCUCCUCCCCCUCCCCCGGCCACUUCGCUAACUUGUGGCUGUUGUGAUGCGUAUUCCCGUAGAUCCGAGCACCAGCCGGCGCUUCAGCCCCCCCUCCAGCAGCCUGCAGCCCGGCAAAAUGAGCGACGUGAGCCCGGUGGUGGCUGCGCAACAGCAGCAGCAACAGCAGCAGCAGCAGCAACAGCAGCAGCAGCAACAGCAGCAGCAGCAGCAGGAGGCGGCGGCGGCAGCGGCGGCGGCGGCAGCGGCUGCGGCAGCAGCAGCUGCAGUGCCCCGGUUGCGGCCGCCGCACGACAACCGCACCAUGGUGGAGAUCAUCGCCGACCACCCGGCCGAGCUCGUUCGCACCGACAGCCCCAACUUCCUGUGCUCGGUGCUGCCCUCGCACUGGCGCUGCAACAAGACCCUGCCCGUGGCCUUCAAGGUGGUAGCCCUCGGAGAGGUACCAGAUGGGACUGUGGUUACUGUCAUGGCGGGUAACGAUGAAAAUUAUUCUGCCGAGCUCCGGAAUGCCUCUGCUGUUAUGAAAAACCAAGUAGCAAGGUUCAACGAUCUGAGAUUUGUGGGCCGGAGUGGACGAGGCAAGAGUUUCACCUUGACCAUAACUGUCUUCACCAAUCCUCCCCAAGUAGCUACCUAUCACAGAGCAAUUAAAGUCACAGUGGAUGGACCCCGGGAACCCAGAAGGCACAGACAGAAGCUUGAUGACUCUAAACCUAGUUUGUUCUCUGACCGCCUCAGUGAUUUAGGGCGCAUUCCUCAUCCCAGUAUGAGAGUAGGUGUCCCGCCUCAGAACCCACGGCCCUCCCUGAACUCUGCACCAAGUCCUUUUAAUCCACAAGGACAGAGUCAGAUUACAGACCCCAGGCAGGCACAGUCUUCCCCGCCGUGGUCCUAUGACCAGUCUUACCCCUCCUACCUGAGCCAGAUGACGUCCCCGUCCAUCCACUCUACCACUCCGCUGUCUUCCACACGGGGCACUGGGCUUCCCGCCAUCACCGAUGUGCCUAGGCGCAUUUCAGAUGAUGACAGUGCCACCUCUGACUUCUGCCUCUGGCCUUCCACUCUCAGUAAGAAGAGCCAGGCAGGUGCUUCAGAACUGGGCCCUUUUUCAGACCCCAGGCAGUUCCCAAGCAUUUCAUCCCUCACUGAGAGCCGCUUCUCCAACCCACGAAUGCACUAUCCAGCCACCUUUACUUACACCCCGCCAGUCACCUCAGGCAUGUCCCUCGGUAUGUCCGCCACCACUCACUACCACACCUACCUGCCACCACCCUAUCCCGGCUCUUCCCAAAGCCAGAGUGGACCCUUCCAGACCAGCAGCACUCCAUAUCUCUACUAUGGCACUUCGUCAGGAUCCUAUCAGUUUCCCAUGGUGCCGGGGGGAGACCGGUCUCCUUCCAGAAUGCUCCCGCCAUGCACCACCACCUCGAAUGGCAGCACGCUAUUAAAUCCAAAUUUGCCUAACCAGAAUGAUGGUGUUGACGCUGAUGGAAGCCACAGCAGUUCCCCAACUGUUUUGAAUUCUAGUGGCAGAAUGGAUGAAUCUGUUUGGCGGCCAUAUUGAAAUUCCUCAGCCGUGGCCCAGUGGUAUCUGGGGAGUCACAUCCCACAUGUAUCAAUAUAUACAUAUAUAUAGAGAGAGUGCAUAUAUAUGUAUAUCGAUUAGCUAUCUACAAAGUGCCUAUUUUUUAGAAGAUUUUUCAUUCACUCACUUAGUCAUGAUCUUGCAGCCAGAAGAGGGUAGAUCCUGAGAAGCAGAAGGCUCAAGAGAGACAGUCGCAAUCAGGUUUCAGAUGGUUUACUAUUUAAGAUAUACUUUUACAAAGGAACAAACAAGGGAAAAGGUAUUUUUGUUUUUGUUGUUUGGCCUGUUAUCAUCAAUAACCUGUUCCUAUGCCAAUUCAGAGAGGUGGACUCCAGGUUCAGGAGGGAGAAGAGCAAAGCCGCUUCCUCUCUGUGCUUUGAAACCUCACACCCUCACGGUGGCAGCUGUGUAUGGACCAGUGCCCUCCACAGACAGCUUACACAACCAGUUGAGGUGCACUAAAGGGACAUGAGGUAGAAUGGAUGCUUCCAUCACAGUACCAUCAUUCAGAAUAAUGCUUCCAAUUUCUGCUUUCAGACAUGCUGCAGGUCCUCAUCUCAACUGUUGGGUUUUUUUUUUUUUUUUUUUUUUUUCCUGCUCUAAGAAAGUGACUUCAAAAAUAACUGAUCAGGAUAGAUUAUUUUAUUUUACAUUUUAACAUUCCUCCUCCCCUUUUCCCACUGAACCAAAAAGAAAUCCAAUCCCUAAAACCUGCCUUCUCCUUUUAUGCAAAACUGAAAAUGGCAAUACGUUAUUAUAGCCAUAAUGGUAUAGAUAGUGUUCGCGUUUGGCUAUGUGUUAUUUGUUUUCUUUUUUUUUUAAAUUAUGAAUAUGUGUAAAAUCUGAGGUAACUUGCUAACGUGAAUGAUCAUAUAACUUUAAAGAUAUAUUUAUAAUUAUUUAAUGACAUUUGGACCCUUGAAACAUUUCUUAGUGUAUUGAUAUGUUGACUUAGGUCUCUAAAAGUGCUCUUUAUUAAAUAACGAAUUUCUUCCAUGGUCUAGAGCCAUAUCUGAAAUAUUGCUAAGCAAUUUUAGUUCAUCCAGGCACAAUGUGAUUAAAAAAAUACUUCCAUCUCCAAAUAUUUUAGAUAUAGCUUGUUUUGGUGAUGUAUGAAGGAAAUGUUAUGUUUAGUUCUUUCAGAUCUUUGAAUGCCUCUAACACAGCUUUGCCUUUUAAAACGAUAAUUAGGGAUUUAAAAACAACCUUUAGCCCUUUAUCAGCAUGAAAUGCUGGAGCAAUGUGGUUUUCUUAAAUUUCUUUGGGGUAAUUAUGACUCUUGUCAUAUUAAAAAGACAAGCACAAGUAAAUCAUUGAACUACAGAAAAAUAUUCUGUGGUUUCAUAGUUAAGCAAAACUCUAAAUCGCUGGGCUUCAUAGCGAAGAUGUAGUCAGCUUAAAGCCACACAUGUGGAUAGAGGAUCAAUUAUGAGACAUCUAAUACAGGAGAGCAAAGUUGCACCAGGGAUUCUUAACCAACCAGCCUUACCAGACAACACAUCAGGGGAACCCCAAUCUGCCUUACCCAAGGCCCCACUGGCAGCUUUCCACAGAAUUUGCAUUUAGAGGAGCAGAAUGACAUCGCUGUCCUUUGGGAGUAGGUCCUAUGAAGAGGUAGCCAGGUUUCAGCAGGUAGCUGAGCUGAGAGGAUGACAUACAGCCUGUGGGGACCUACAGACAGCCUUGGACAUUUGUAUCUCCUACAAUGGAGGGCCAAGGAGGCCAAGGAUGUGUGGAGUUUGGUGUCUACUACUGUGUAUGAAUUUGAGCUAGAGCCCUUCUGUGGCAUGCACUUUGACCACUCCUGGCAGUCACAUGACAGAUUUCCAAGUUCAAAUCCUUAAUCCAAACUAGGAUCAUCAAAUGACACCACCAGGCCAAUCCCUGCUCUCCUCCCUGAAAAGCCAGGGUCCCUUCAUUGGAAUCCUCCACCCUCCCAAGCAGAACUUAGCAGAGAUUCGCCUUCAAUCCCUAAUGGCCCCCUUAUUCUCUGAUCCUUCUCAAACCCACCUUUGUAGGCCACCCAGCAUUGCAGGACAGCGUGUGGGGCAGCUGGACCUGUUCUUCCUGCCGGGGAGUCUCCCUUGGAAUUCAUCCUGACUCCUUCUAAUAAAAAUUGAUGGGAAAACAAAACACUUUGCCUUCUAAAGGCCAUAUACCAAGUAUAUUUAGAUAAGCCACUUUUCUAUUACUUAAGUAAGAUGGAAGUAGUCAUUGAUACUAUUUAUUGUUUGUGUGUGGUAGCUUGAAGCACAUCACUGUCCAUUUAUUUGUAAGUGUAAAAUAUGUGUUUGUUUCAGCAGCACUUAAAAAAGCCAGUGUCUGGUUACACAUUUCAAUUUUAAUUGACAUAAAAAUGUUACUGCCAGUGCCAGCUGCAUCCUAUUUAAUUAAAAAAGUACUAUAUUUGUACGUUAUUUUUUAAUGCUAAAAGGGCUUUUUUAAAGUUUACAGCACACCUACCGAGUGACUUUAGGGAUGCUUUUGUGUCGAAAUGUUACUAUAGUGGCUGCAGGCAGCAACCCAGAAACACUUUAGAAGCUUUUUUUUGGGAAAAAUUCAAGCACCUCUUCCCUCCACCCUCACUCCAUCCACCCCAAUGGGGGUAAUUCACAUUUCUUAGAACAAAUUCUGUCCUUUUUUGGUGUAGGGAUUAAAAUUCUGUUUUUCUUUUUUUCCACUGAACCCUUAAUUUGCACUGGGUCAUGUGUUUGAUUUGUGAUUUCAAGACCAAAGCAAAGUCUUACUACUACUGUGGAACCAUGUACUAGUCAACACUCUAAUUCCUGGGAAUUAAAAUAGCGUGGUUCUUGAUGUAGCACAAACAUUGCUGGAAUUUACAGUGUGAUCAGCGCAGCCACAUAUUUAUCCAUUUCACUUGUCUCACAAAUUUCAACCCAUGACAGAGUUCCAGAAAAGGUAUCACAGCUUUGGUUUUAGAUUAGUGGAAUAACAUUCAGCCUGGAACUGAGAAACUCAACAGAUCAGCUAUCGUUUGCUCUUUAGACAGUCUUACCGCCUCUCCCCUGCCAGGGCCCUUUAAAAAUGAGCAGAGAAAUCCACACCACUAGGGAGCAUUCGUGAUAAAUUCAGAAGGGAGGAGAUGUGUGUGCAGCUUUAAGGAUUCCCUCCAUUCUGAGGAAAGGGCCUGGCCCAGAAUCCAGGUUAAUAUGUGGAAAUAUGAAGCAUUAGCAAAAGUAAUCAUUAUACCCACGGUAUUUGAAAGAACAAUAAUAAAAGACAAUUCUUCCAAACCUUGAAUUUGUUGUUUUUAGAAAACUAAUGCAUUAAAAAUUUUUUUCUAUGUGAGAACUUUUUAGAUGUUUGUUUACUUCAUGUUUACAAAUAACUGUUUGCUUUUUAAUGCAGUACUUUGAAAUAUAUCAGCCAAAACCAUAACUUACAAUAAUUUCUUAGGUAUUCUGAAUAAAAUUCCAUUUCUUCUGGAUAUGCUUUACAAUUCUUAGGUUUCUGUGGAACAAAAAUAUUUGUAGCAUUUUGUGUAAAUACAAGCUUUCAUUUUUAUUUUUUCCGAUUGCUAUUGCCCAAGAAUUGCUUUCCAUGCACAUAUUGUAAAAAUUCCGCUUUGUGCCACAGGUCACGAUUGUGGAUGAGUUUACUCUUAACUUCAAAGGGACUAUUUGUAUUGUAUGUUGCAACUGUAAAUUGAAUUAUUUGGCAUUUUCUCAUGAUUGUAAUAUUAAUUUGAAGUUUGAAUUUAAUUUUCAAUAAAAUGGCUUUUUUUGGUUUUG